AUGUUGUAAUAAAAAAAAGAGCAAUUUAGACAAGAAAUUAGAAAAUAAGGUUUAGAUAAAAUUUUGAAUUAAAGGAGACAGAUAUUACUGUCAGAAAAUGCUGCUCAGUAGUUUUAGGAUGGGAUAAAUGAUUAAAUAAUUCUAUUAUACAAUUAGAUUGAGGUAGAUAAUAGUUUCGACAUUUAUAAAUCUCCUCUUCUAAAACCAAUCUUAGAAGGGGAUCUAACAAAUUAAUUAAUCCUAUUGCUAUAAUUGAUAGUGAAGAAAUGCAGAGAUGCUAACUAAAUAGAAUAUUUAGAGACCUUUUUUGAGGAUUCAUUUUUAGGAUCAAGAUUGUUGAGUAAGUGUGAAAAUGAGAAGAGUCUGGUUUUUUUAGAUGAAUAAUUAUAUCUGCUUGGAUAGUUGUCACAAUCUUCACUUCUUUGCCAAUCUACACUAAUACAAUUAAAUAUUGGCCAAACUCUUAAAAAGAUAUUAGAUCUAGAGUUUGAGUCAGAUGACUACUUAAUGUCAACUUUUAUGUAUCUUAUUACCACAUUCAUCGAACCUAAUAGCGGAAUCCACUUUUAGGAUGUCUAAGAAUUUAUGUCAAUUUUAGAUUAAUUAUGUAAAAAAUUGCGAGGGAUAAAUUAUUUAAUAAUAGAAUUAGAUUUAGAAAAAAAAGAUAAAUAUACUGAGACAAAAAAUUCUUUAUUAAAUAGAAUUCUUCUAUUUGCUCGCUACUUUAUUGACAAAUCUCAAUUCACUGUUAAUCUCACACUCUACCCAAACUUUUGGGUUAUACUUACUAAUUUAGCAUUUGUUGUUCAAGAAUAAUCUUAAUUAAGGUAAAUUGCCUUACAAGUUAUAUCUGAUUCAAUAAAAUUGAAUGACCAAAAGUUGAAAUUUGACAUCAUUGAAAAAUAUCCAGACAUAUUCUGUUCAUUACUCAAUAUUAUUGAUCAUAAUUAUAAAUCUAAUGGUAAAUUUAUAAGAACUCAAGCAUCCAUCAUUAUGAAACAAUUGUUUAGUGAAUAAUCUUAAUACAUAAUCUAGAAUAUUCAUUUGAAUUAAAUUCCACUAUAAUUGAUGAUAAUAAUUGCAAGCGAAAAUGAUCGCCAAGUCCUAUAUCAUUAAUUAGAGUGUUUAUUUCUUUUAUGCUCGAACAGCUCCUUUGAGUAAUGCACUGAUCUAUACAACAAUGGAUUGCUUACUCUUUUAAUAUCUAAAUAUUAAGAAAUUAAGGAGUGCCAAGAUUAUGUCUUAAGCAAAUGGUUAUUACAAUUGACCUUAGCUGUUUUGUAACACAAUUCUAGUGGUAACUCCAUUUUGAAUUUGUUAAAGCAAUAUUAAAUAACUUCAUAUUUAAAAGAUAUAGCAAUUAAUUGUAAAAAUGAAAACACAAGUAAAAGAGCCAAUUAAUUACUCAAAUAUAUAAAUUGA